AGUACUGAAACGGAAUCGAGUUCUCUCUCUCUCUCGGCGCCGCCGCAUCAAAAACCUCACCGCCGUAGCCAUCAACCCACCUUCGUUUCAGAAAUGGCGAAUAAGAUUGCGAUGUUUCUAUCGGAAGCAAUAAACAACAAUGCUGUCAUAAACACUUGUCUUGGGGUAUCGUUUGUGGUUUUGGGAUUGCGAUCUGAUCAACAGCAGAAGUAUGUCGAGGCCUUAGCAGAGCAGAAGGAUUCGCUCUCCAAGUCGAACAAGGCAAUGAAAGUCACUAUGUGGGAGUGGAAACAGCAACUCUUUGCUGAAGCUGCUUCCGCUGGUGCUUCCGCGGUUGUUCCUCUUUCCACGCUCAAGGCCAUCUAUGGUGAAGUCACAGCAACCACUCAGUCAGGUGACACAGCCAAGGAAGAGUCUAAAGUGUCUACCCACAAGAUCAUGAUAUGAGAGGGUUGCUAAAGUAAAGAUUAGCAUUCAACCUCAUCAAUUUUCACAAAUUGCAUUUGUAUAACUAGAGUUUGGCAUCAGAGUGUUUGUUGUUGUGAUCCUUGUUUAAUCUCGUAAGUAAACAGUGUGGGUAAGAUCCUCUUUUAGGUUUAUUUUCAAGGCAUUCAUUGCCGAUCCAUUGGAGCCUAUUAACUUGAUUAGGCCUUUCUUUGGUUGGAUUAAGUCGAAACAAAAAGUCUGAUCUUGUUACAUGAAAUGAACAUUUUUGAUAACCAUGGUGAUCAACUUGAUCAUUACAUUCUUUCA